UAACAAAACCCUCUCCCUCCUCUUCUCUCAUCCCUCCAUUACGCGUUUCAAGCCAAAAUCACAGCAAUCUCCAUCUUGACCACCAUAAUCAUCAUCAGCAGCACAAGGACCUCCUGGUUGAGACUUUCACUGUAACAAGAUCCUCAAAGAUUUGAUCGAAGAAGUUUCCAUCGAGGGAUCGGACCCAGUUGGGAUUCUUGAGAGGGAUGGGGAUUGGAGUAAGGAGCAACUGUGGGCUGUGGUUGUGCUGCUGUUGGAGGAAGAGAGAGUCGAAGAAGCGAUUCAGGUGUUUCAUUCGUGGAAAAACAAAGAAACAUCUCGAAUCGCUGGUGCCAACUACACCAAAAUCAUACAUCUGUUGUGUGAAAGAAAUUACAGAGAAAGAGCACUCUCAACCCUCCAUGACAUGGAGGAGCAUUGUGUUGUCCCUUCUUUGUCAUUCUACAAUGACAUAAUUCAUGGAUUUGCGAGAAAGAAAGAGUUUGAUAAGUCAAGAAACAUGUUGAGUAAAAUGGUAGAGGCUGGUUUGCUGCCUACACCCGAAACAUAUAAUGGGCUUAUUCGAGCUUAUGGAGAUUAUAAAUUGUAUGAUCAGAUGAGUGUGUGAAGGAGAUGGAAUUAAAAGGAUGUUUUCCAAAUGAGGUUACCUAUAAUUUUUUACUUGAAGAAUAUGCUCGAGUCGAGGAGGACUUUUUGAAAGAAUGGAAAGAUUGUAUAGAACUCUCCAAUCAAAAAGAAUGAACUUGCAGCCUCACGCUUUGCUCACAAUGCUGGAGGCUUAUGCUGAUCUGGGGAUCUUGGAAAAAAUGGAGAAAAUGUUCCGCAGAUUUUUGCAUUCAGAAGCAUAUAUGAAGGAAAAUCUAAUAAGAAAGUUGGCUAUGGUUUACAUAGAGCAUCAUCGGUUUGUUCGGUUGGAAGAGUUUGGGAAUGAGAUCAGUUCCAGAACUGGUAGAACUGAUAUUGUUUGGUGCAUUCUCCUCCUUGCUUCUGCUUGUCUCUUGAGCCGAAAGGGUGUAGAAUCUGUUGUUAGGGAAAUGGAUACGGCAAAAGUUGAGUUUAUAUUAACCCAUACAAAUAUUCUUGGGCUGUUUUAUCUUAAAAUCAAUGACUUCAAGGCUUUAAACGGCGCACUUUCUCGGAUUGAAAUGCACAAAUUGAAACCCGAUAUGGUGACUCUUGGAAUUCUUUUUGAUGCUUGUAAGAUGGGGUAUAAUGGCAUCCGUGUGUUGGAAGUAUGGAAAAGAAAUGGUUGCCUAGAAAGAGCGGUGGAAAUGUACACGGAUCCUCUAGUUUUGGGUGCUUUUGGCAAAGGGUCUUUCAUCAGGAAUUGUGAGAAGACAUACUCCUCUCUUAAAUAUAAAGGGAAAGAAAGAAAAUUAUGGACUUAUGGGAAGCUAAUCAGCUUAGUUUUCGGAGGGAGAAAAGAUGGACAAGAUAAUCUAUUGCAAGCUGGAAAGAGAUGAAGGAAAGUCUAAUGUAUGUACCAAACAUUAAAAUUUUCUUUAGGCCAUGUGAUCUCUUCCUUAGCCAGUAAAUGUCUUAUACGGUCAAUAGUUUGACACUUUCGAAAAGGAAGCUACACUAUAAAUGAUUGAUCAAGAUUCAGCACAGACUGAAGGAGCCGUAGAUGCAUAUAACUGAUGAUCUUGAAAGAUGUCCUCUCAGAAGAAGGCGCCCGUGUUUAUAUCAGUUUAUGUGGUGAAGCCUAGGCGGUCAACUGAUCGUCGGAGGCCCUACCACCACCACCACCACCACCACCAC